UUGUCCUGGCUCCCGGCGGCCGCGCGGGAGCCGGGAGACCGCGCGCGGGGCAGCGAAUGAGGCGCGGCGGCUGUGGCCCAGGUCACCUCCCCCCGGCUUCUCGAACCCUGCCCAGCCCGACCCGAGGGGGGGAGGAUGGAAACACCAGCCGCGCUCUGAGCGCCUCAGGAAGAGAACACCUUCGAGUCCAUCUCCCAGAGCGGGCCGAGCGGAAGAGCGAGCGAUGGCCGAUAACCUGAGGAGACUGGUCUCCAACGAAGCUUUACGAUCGUUGCAGGACAAGCUCGAGUCCUGGCUGAGGGAGUACAACGAGAACUCAUGUGAUCAAAAUCUCAAUCACUGCCUCGAACUCAUUGAGCAAGUUGCCAAAGUGCAGGGACAACUCUUUGGGAUCCUCACUGUAGCAGCCCAAGAAGGAGGACAUUAUGAUGGCGUGGAAACAAUCAAAUCGCGCCUUUUGCCUUGGCUGGAGGCCUCCUUCACAGCUGCUUCCCUGGGGAAACCUGUGGACAGCAAGGUCCCUUCUCUACAGGAUACAUUCGAUAAGGACAGACAUAAAGAGCCUGGUAUUCGAGACAUACAACAAUUAGAUGCCGAUUUGAGUGCAACUCGUAAUCAACUCAACCAGGUUCAAGACGAUAUGGCUGAGACUGAAAAGACUCUUGAAGAACCCAAGAACAGAUCUGCCAUAUCCCUUUUGGCUGCAGAGGAGGAAAUAAAUCAGCUAAAAAAGCAGCUUAAAUCUCUUCAAGCCCAGGAAGAAUCCCGCCACAGAAACUCAGAUCGUAGGAGAUCAGAGAAGCGGGUCUCUGAGCGUAGGAGAGUGGAGCUGCGGGGCUCGGAGCAGUGGGUCUCUGACCUGGACAAGCGGAGCGCAGACAAGCGGAAUGCAGAAGCCGUGUGCGAUUACGAGAAACAGCUCCGAACCCUGAAGGACGAGAUAGCUGUUCUGUCUGCUGAAAAAUCUGUACUCCAAGGAAGGUCCGCCAGGAGCCGGUCUCCCAGCCCGGUCCCUUGCAGCCGCAGUCACAGCCGAAGUCACAGCCGCAGCCACAGCCGAAGUCACAGCCGCAGCCGAAGCAGAUCCGCCAGCCCCGCCUCCGCCAAGGCCAGGACCCCGUCCCCGAAUCGCGCCAAACUGUCCAGCGUGGCGCGCAAAGCCGCCCUGCUGUCCCGGUUCAGCGAUGCCUACUCCCAGGGCCGCCUGGAUGCGCAGUGCCUGCUGCGGCGCUGUGUCGACAAGGCCGAGACGGUGCAGCGGAUCAUCUACAUCGCGACCGUGGAGGCGUUCCAUGUGGCCAAAAUGGCAUUCAGACACUUCAAGAUCCGCGUGAGGAAAUCACUGACACCAUCUUGUGCAGGGUCAAAUGACUUUGAGGAUGCUGUCUCGGAUUAUAUCAUCUGUCAUCUUGAUCUAUAUGAUUCCCAAAGCAGUGUUAAUGAUGUGAUCAGAGCCAUGAAUGUCAAUCCCAAGAUUUCAUUCCCUCCUGAAGUUGACUUUUGCCUCCUCAGUAACUUCAUCCAGGAGAUAUGUUGCAUUGCCUUUGCAAUGCAGACUUUAGAACCACCCCUAGAUAUUGCAUUUGGGGCCGAUGGAGAAAUUUUUAAUGAUUGCAGGUACCGUCGAAGCUAUGACUCCGAUUUCACGGCUCCCUUGGUCUUCUAUCACGUGUGGCCUGCUCUCAUGGAGAAUGACUGUGUCAUCAUGAAGGGAGAAGCUGUCACCAAGAGAGGGGCUUUUUGGAAUUCAGUGCGAUCUGUAAGUCGAUGUCGAAGCAGGAGUUUAAGUCCCAUCUGCCCUCGUACCCGUAUUGGUUUAGGCAUGAUAUCUCGAAGCCGGAGUCCUUCUCCGAUAAGAUGUGGAUUGCCAAGGUUUUAAAACCACCAGCCAUGUUCCUCUGCCCAGGACACCUACAAUGGCCAGCUUACCCAGCGCUUCCACCUACCUGCCGUGUUGCCUCAGACCUCACCUAAGCUAAUGUGACAAGGCGAUUCUGUGUAUCACUUCACACAGAGAGUUAAAUGUUUUGGCUUAGCACAUUGGUAACUGCAGAUAUAUUGCAUUUUAUUUUAUUUUUAUAGAUACAGAUUCCCUUAAUUUGAUAAAAACUAUUGCCUAGGUGUUUAGGAUCAUAUUCAUUUGAAGCAAAGUCCAUUAUACAGGUUCAGGAUUCUCAACCUGAAACACGAGGCUCUUUUAUAACAGCUAAAGUGGAAAACUUAUACUGUGCUAUGUCCAAAAGACAAGAAAAGUCAUUUCAAUUUGCAGACUGAUCAUAAAUAUUAUAAUUGCUGGUUUUAGAUUUAGCUGGAAAACAAUCUGGGCUGUUUUUAUUUUCUUUGGGGACUUGGAAGACAGCCCCAGUAUCAAGUUGGGGAACUUAUAGCAUAACAGGGACUUCAGGCUACAUGUACAUGAUGAUGAUUUAGGAAAAUAUAGUUCAUUGGUUGGCUUCUCUUUUCCUACUUUGGAGUGCCUGGUUUGGUUUAGUUGAGCACUGUUGGUUGAAGCUACUUACUUGAGAGAGUUCUCUUGCUUCAUAAAUGUGGAGUGGUGAUUUGGGUAGAAGUUAACUUGGAGACUAUAUGUUAGUUACUUUGUGUUUAUCUCCUGGGAAUGUUUCUGAAUGAACUUUUAAUGUACGUGUUAAAUAUAAAAGCUACAUCCUGACAUCUUUUACCUAUUCUACUUAGUUGGUUAUAAACUCAGAUCUCCUAAGAACUCCAUCUGACACCAAUGGUGGGAGUGUAAACUGGUGCAGUCACUAUGGAGAACAGUAUGGAGGUUCCUUAAGAAAGUAAAAAUAGAGCUACCGAUACAACCCAGCAAUGCAAUCUUAGGCAUAUAUCCAGAGAAAAACGUGAAUUCGAAAGGAUACAUGCACCCCAGUGUUCAUAGCAGCACUAUUUACAACAGCCAAGACAUGGAAGCAACCUAAGUAUACAUCAACAGAUGAAUGGAUAAAGAAGAUUGGUACAUAUAUUGGAAUACUACUCAACCAUUAAAAGAAUGAACUAAUGCCAUCUGUAGCAACAUGGAUGGGCCUGGAGAUUACCAUGCUAAGUGAAGUAAGUCAGACAGAGAAAGAUAAAUAUUGUAUGAUAUUUCUUACACAUGGAACCUAAAAAAAUGAUACAGAUGAACUUAUUUACAAAACAGAAACAGACUCACCAGACUUACAGAACAAAUUUAUGGUUACACUGGGAGAAGGCUGGGGAGGGGGAGGGAUAGAUUAGGAGUUUGGGAUUGACUUGCACACACUGCUGUAUUUAAAAUGAAAUGCGUUUCCAUGAAAAAAAAAAAAAAAAAAAAGAAAGGGACAUGCCUGGAAUGCAGAAGAGUUCUCACUGAAUAGCUGAUUAAUAAAUGACAUUUAGCUAUGCUAAACAAUUAAAAAAUAAAAUAGCACUAUUGUUUUUGAUUUUUGCUUUGUGAAAAAUUCAAUUUAGAAAAAUGUACUAAAGAAGAAAAUUUUUUUUUAAAUCUUAAAAAGGAAAAAAGAACUCCAUCUGACUGAGACUCUGAAACUCAAGGCUAAAAGCUAAGGGAACCAUUUGUAGAUUUUAAACAGAAUGUCUGUCCCUUGAUUUCUCCACUGUGAAGUACUGUUGAAAAAGUUCAAGCUCUUGAUGGAAUGAUAAGUAAUGUUGUUUUUGCUUUUUUUUUUGGUCCAUUUUAAUACCAUCUUUAAACGCAAGUUUCGCAAAUGACCACUUUUGCCAUGUGCCUUUUAGAGAGAAGCUCUGGAUUGGUCGCAGCUCAGUUUGCGUAAGUUCAGCUCCAGAACCAGCAGCUGGGGCUAUUUGGGUGAAAAUAAAUAAAAACAAAAUGAAAACCCCCACAGAUAACAAAAAGAAAAACUUCUCUAAAGCUUCUGUCUUUCGUGCUGGGACACAGGCGAGGGAGAGACCUCUCUAGCCUCCACCCCAUAGACUGCAGCCCGCCAGACUUCUCUGUCCAUGGAUUCUCCAGGCAAGAACACUGGAGUGGGUUGCCAUGCCCUCCUCCAGGGGAUCUUCCCGACCCAGGGAUCAAACCUGGGUCUCCCACAUUGCAGGCAGAUUCUUUACAGUCUGAACCACCAACGUAUUCUGAAGUGCAGGCUUCAUUGUUCUCCCUCUGUGUCUGUGUAGUCACCGUUUUGAGGCAGGGCCGAGUGCUGAGAGAAGAGCUCAGUGUCCAGGCAGAUCCAGUUUUGACUUGGUCCUCAGCUUGCUUGGUGGCCUGAAGCCAAUCACUGCACCUCUCUGAGCCUCACUUUCACCGAAGAGUGAGGCAGGUGGAUGGGAUCGGUAGUUAUGUCAACCCUCCCAGGCUCAGCGCCUCCCUUCAUAAUGUGUAUUCUGGGUAUUCUGAAAUGAAGUUCAAAAUUAGUGUGAUUAUAGGCAUAUAUGCUUUUAAACAGUGGAUACAGUACUCAAACUGUAAUAUAAACAGAAAUAAAAGGAAAUUUUUAAUAAAACAGAAUGUAUUUCAACAAAAAGCCUUGGGUAUAAUGAUCCUAGAAGACGCAGUGAAGUCAUCAGACACUUGCACCUGUAUGUAGAAUUACCACCUACAAAUGUAGAUCAGUGUGCAUUGUAUUGGUGAUGUCAGAAACAUGGAUGCCAGGGGUUUUCUGAAAUGGUGAACAACUCUUGGUGAAGUUUUGAAAAAUAACUUACAGCAGUGCCUUGAUUUGCAUAGUAAAUGCAUGCCUGGAAAAGCUGGUGUAUAUUAAAACCAUAAAUCAAUUACUUUGUGUUAUGGGCUAAAAGGUCUUUUCUAAAAUCUCACUAAGUAAUGAGAAUGUCUACAUAUCAGAAUUUUUUUUAGGACUGAAAUGUGGGAAUGCACCUGGUUGGGAAAAACGUUGUAUGAACUCAGUUUAUUUGCUCUGUAUCCUGUCAGGCCACUUGCCAUUUCCCAAGUCUUUGAUUUGAACUGUAACUGCACGGGACCUGGCAGUUAGUCUAGAAUAAUUUGUGGAAAGGGUCCAAAAGCAGAAGGCGGCUGACCUAUACUCAUUUCAUCAAGGCAUGCACCUUAACCUUGGUGACUUUGAAAAAUGAUAAACUUUUAUUGUAACCUGGGUAAAUGUUAGUUAUUGUAU